AUGCGUCUGCUGAUUCUCAACCUUUUCUUCGUCGUCUGGAUCUGGCCGGCGCCGGUCAAUGGAGAAAGUACGGCGGUUGUGUCGACGACGACGACGACGACGACGACGGCGCCGCUCAAGUUUGUUUUUCUUUUCACAAAAAAAAACUUGCCAGAAACUCGGAACGAUCUAUUGCAUUUGCAUUUGUUGUAGACCAGCCACAUACAUGCUCGUCGCGCCCGCAGUGGUCCGGCCCGAUCAGCCCUACUCGGUUUGCAUGAAUCUGCUGAGGCCGCCGACGGACGAGGAGAUGAUCGUGCGGAUUGAAGUGCGCACCGAGCAGAAUGAGACGAUCGCGGCGAGAGUGAUGAGCAAUCUCAAGCCGGGUGUCGCUCAGACUGUCAGUUUGAGCGAGAUGCCCGCACAGUCGCUCACCAGUGGACAGUCUUAUAAAGUGAGAAUUCGAUGUGAACUCUUCUUAUUCGGUAUCCUUACAGCUCUACAUUCGUGGUGAGACUCUCAACUCGGAGACGCUUUUUGAAAAUGAAAAAGAGCUGAAAUUCGAUCAGAAGGCUCUGUCCGUGUUCAUCCAGACCGAUCGGGCCAUUUACCGUCCCGCUUCUCUGGUCCGCUACCGAGCAAUCGUGGUGAAAUCCGAUCUGAAGCCGUACGUCGGCAACGCCACCAUCAAGAUCUAUGACCCCAGCAGAAAUCUCAUUUCUCAAACGAUCGACGUGCCUUUGGAUCGAGGUAACUUGUUCGAAAAUACAUAUACUUGAAAAACCUUGAUCAAUUUUAGGUGUCCACAGUGGGGAGCUUCAACUGGCCGAAGAGACUCUUCUCGGAGACUGGAGCAUUGAAGUGGAGGCGUCGAAUGGAAUGACGGACAAAUCUUCGUUUACUGUCGACACUUAUGUGCUGCCAAAGUUCGAGGUCAACAUAAAAACGUCCUCGUUCAUCACCAUCAACGACGAUUUGUCGGUCUUUGUGGAUGCGAAGUGAGUGGAAAAAACUUUGAAGGCGUACUGUAGAGCCUGGUAAUUUCGGAUUCACCUUAAAAGCAGUCCACAGAAACGAAUCAAUAUUCUUAUCAGGUACACCUACGGUAAGGGUGUUGCCGGAAAGGCGAAGGUCUCCCUGGAGCUUCCGUGGCAUCGUUGGCAUGCGAUUCCGCAAGUCGUCGACGAGAACGGAAUUCAGAAGGAGGAGGAGCUGAUGGUGGAGAGAACGGUUAAACUGAACAGGCAAGGAGAGGCGGCUGUGGUUUUCUCGAACGAUGAGCUCAAGAGACACAAGUUGUUGCACGUAAGCGCCUUCGUUUUGUGCACUUUCACAAGCUCCGACGUCUUCUAGGAAUGGGGAGGUGGUUCUAUUCGAAUUGUGGCCUCGGUCACUGAAGAUAUCACCGAGAUCGAGCGCAAUGCCACGCAUCAAAUCUCGACUUUCCGUGAAGAGGUUAAGUUGGAUGUGGAAAAGCAGGGAGACACGUUCAAGCCAGGAUUGACCUACAAUGUCGUCGUGGCUUUGAAGCAGAUGGACGACACUCCGGUCAAGGCGACUCUCCCCAAACGGGUCCAGGUCUCAACUUUCUACAACUAUCCGUACAACCAUGACACUUCCUCGCUGCAAGAAGAAAAAGAGACCAAGAUCGUGGAGGUGGACGCUCAUGGAACCAGUGUGCUGACUCUCCAGCCACCGAUCAAUUGUACCAGCGCCAGAAUCGAGGCGCACUAUGACAUUGGCGGAAAGGACAACUUUACCGCCACUCCCAUCUACUCUUCGCUGUACGUCGAGGCGGCGGUGAGCCCGACGAAGAGCUUUCUGCAGCUACUCGCCGAUAACGAAGGAGCGGUGGACGUGGGAAAGAGCCUGAGCUUCUCGCUGAAGGCCACGCAGCCGCUGUCCACGAUUACGUAUCAGGUAAGCGGAACUAAUUAGGGCAGUAGAACCGUUGAAGUGGAACUUUGUAGGUCAUGUCUCGCUCGAACAUUGUGGUUUCCCAGCAGAUGGCCGUCAACUCGGAGCACGCCACAAUUAGCUUCCAAGCCACUGCGAACGUGAGUAGCAAAGGGACUUGCCUACGAGAACUCUCUUUUCAUUUGUCUCCAGAUGGCACCAAAAUCACGUCUCAUCGUGUACGCAAUCAUCGAGAACAGCCAAGAAGUGCUUGUGGACGCCCUUGACUUCAAAGUCGAGGGUAUUUUCCAGAAUCAAGUGGCAUUGUCGAUUGACAAGCAAGCCGUCGAACCGGGACAGAACGUAAAGUUCAAGGUGACGUCCGACAAGAAUUCGUUCGUCGGACUGCUUGUCGUCGACCAGAGCGUGCUGCUUCUGAAAACCGGAAAUGAUAUAACGCGCGAGAAAGUGGAAGCUGAUCUCGAGAACUAUGACUCGAACAAUGUGGAAUAUGGAGGAGGUGGAGGAGGACGGCGGUCGUGGGAGGCCAUCGACAGAAAAAAGAGGUCCAUCUGGAGACCGUGGUGGGGAAUCGGAGGAAGCGACGCUCAGUCCAUCUUUACUGUGAGUCAUUGGAUCCGUUUCGAGUGCCACACGUAGUUUUCAGAACGCGGGGCUCGUCGUGCUGACAGACGCGCUGCUCUACCGCGAGCCGCAACGUGAGUUCUUCCCAGGUACGUUCAUGAGGCGUCCAAAAGGUGUGCACCUUUAGAUAAGAGGUUUCAUACUCCUGGUGCACUUGUAGUUAUGAUGAUGGACGGAUCGCCGAUGAUGGCCGAAGCCGCGUUCGCGCCGGCCGGAAGAGAAGCCGCGUCGCCGACUGUCAGAAAGUUCUUCCCGCACACGUGGAUAUGGUCGGAUUUGAACUCGACGAGGUAGGAUCGGUGGUUUUUCGCAUUCACACGGACGGAUCCUUGCCUGUUUUCAGCGGAGAAGUGGAACUGGAAGUGCAAGCCCCCGACACCAUCACCUCUUGGGUCGCCUCCACGUUCGCAAUCAACGAGGAAAACGGCCUUGGCGUGAGCCCAACCACCUCGAAACUCCGCGUUUUCCGUCCAUUCUUCAUCCAACUCAACCUUCCGUACGCAGUCCGUCGCGGCGAAAAGUUCGCCCUUCUCGUCCUGGUCUUCAAUUACAUGGAGAAAGAGCAGGAUGUCACCGUCACCCUGAAAUACGAUCAGGAUUCCGGAUAUGACCUUCUGAAGAAGGACGGAACCGUUGUGAAGCGAGACGAAGUGGGUCAGCAGAAUGUGCGAGUGGUCUCGGUGGCCGGAGGAGGCACCUCCAAGGCUGUCUACUUCCCGAUCGUUCCAUCAGCAUUAGGAGAAGUUCCGGUGCACGUGAGUGCCAUUGCCAGUCAGGGAGGAGACGCCGUCGAGAUGGAUUUGAGGGUGGAGCCGCAAGGAUAUCGCGUCGACAGAAACAUUCCGUUCGUAGUCGACCUCAACAACUCCACCGAGUUCACCAAGAGCCUCGAGCUCAUCUGGCCGAACGACGUCGUCGAUGGAUCACAGAAAGCGCGGCUGGAUGUGAUUGGAGAUAUGAUGGGUCCGGUGCUCAAUAAUGCUCACAAACUUGUGCAGAUGCCGUACGGAUGUGGAGAACAGAAUAUGUUGAAUCUGGUGCCGAACAUCCUCGUCGUCAAGUAUCUCCGUGCUACGAACCGGAAUGAGAGUAAGCUGGAAGCCAAGGCCAUUAAAUACAUCGAAGAGGGAAUCCAGCGCGAGUUGACGUACAAGCGAAGCGACAACUCGUUCAGUGCGUUCGGAGACAGCGACAAGGCCGGAUCCACGUGGCUCACCGCAUUUGUCGUUCGCUCCUUCCACCACGCGAAACAGUACGCAUUCGUCGACCCGAAUGUAAUCUCCCGGGCGGUCGCCUUCCUCAACUCUCAGCAAAUGGAAUCGGGAGCGUUCGCCGAGCGCGGAGAAGUGCACCACAAGGACAUGCAGGGCGGUGCGCAGGACGGAGGAGUCGCUCUCACCGCCUUUGUGCUCAUUUCGAUUCUGGAGAACGGGAUGGAGAAUCAGAAGGCCGUCGCGUACCUUGAAAAGCAUUUGGAUGAAGUCGCUGGGAACGCGUACACAAUGGCCGUGGUGACGUACGCUUUGCAGCUCGCCAAGAGCAAGAGCGCCGGAAAAGCAUUUGAAAGUCUCAAGAAGCACAAGAUUUUGGAGAAGGGCGGAGAUGUCCGGUUCGCGAGUGUUCACAAAACCGAAAAGCCGAAAGACUCCUCGGCGUAUCUCUUCCAGGCGAGACCCGUGGAUAUUGAGACCACUUCCUACUCGCUGCUGUCCUAUCUCGCUCAGAAUCAAACGUCGGAGGCGGUGCCGAUCAUUCGGUGGCUGGUAUCGCAGCGCAAUGAACUCGGAGGAUUCACCUCCACGCAGGACACUGUCAUGGCUCUUCAGGCGCUCUCCGCCUACGCCGCCGCCACCUACUCGGACAGUCAAGCGAGUCAACUGACGAUUGUGAACGGAAAACACUCGCACACUUUCGAGAUCAAUCCGAAGAACUCGAUCGUCCUGCAGUCUUAUCAACUUUCCGCUCUUAACGACGCAGUUUCAAUCAAUGCCACCGGAAACGGAGUCGUCUUCGCACAGCUUUCCUAUUCUUACUAUAGAGACUCGCUGAACGACGACGCUCCGUUCUUCUGCUCGCAGGAAAUUAAGGAAAUGAGAGCUGGAAACAGACUUCAGCUCGAUUUGUGCUGCAAGUGAGUACACACAGCUUACACGGACGGUUCAGUUCGCAAAUACGCUUUUCAGCUACACCCGCGCCGGAAAGUCGAACAUGGUGCUUGCCGAGAUCGACGCGUUGAGUGGCUAUCGGUUCGAUGCGGAACAAGUGCACACUCUGACGAGUAUCGAGGACUUGCAAAGGGUCGAAAUUGAGAAGGAUGAUACGAAGAUGAACGUCUACUUUAAUCCGGUGAGGCUUUUUCGAAAUUGAAAACAAAUAAACGGAACAAAUAAGCCCCUUCCAAUAAAAAAUUCCCUUGGCGCAAUUCACGUGCGCUAAGCAAGGCGCGAAACGCGUAAUUCCGGAGCGUCUUUUCAGAGUUUCUCAUUUCAAUUUUCACUUUUUCCGCAUUAUCCCUAUCUUUUCAGCACCAAUCAGUGUCAAAACUUAUGAUAAUGAUUAGAAAUGAAUAAAAAAUGAAAUGUUAACUGCUUCGUCAUCAAUUUCGAAAGGUUUGUAUGAAAAUUACAGAAUUUUUUUCCUUUUGGAAUCGAAAAUUUGCCUCAAUUAUCUCAAUUCUGUAUAUUUUUCGACGGUUCGACGGAAUCGAUGCUUUUAACUCAGACAAUCGCCCUAGGGCUCGCAAAGAACAAAAUUUGAGUGUGUAUUAAGAGAAAAACGAAAGAAUUCUGGUUUUCAAUUGAAAAAAGAAACUCCGAGUCGACGGUGGAUGCAAGCGCGCCCCAUUGACAACUCGCUUGCGCAUUGGAAUGCUGGGGUUCCGUGCAAUCAUUGAGGAGUCUGAGGGCAAACUCAUUUUGUGACAUUGCUAGACAUUGCUAGAACUACGGCCAAUUUUCAAGAUAGAUCCUUCAAGCCUAGGCUGAUAACUGUGUCGAGUAAGGGUUUGAAGCGGUCAAAAGUUCCAAUGAUAGUCAAUUUUGUCAAAACUCCAAGAAAGCUCUCUCCAUGUUCAACCCAAUGGGGUAUUUGUGUGGAAACUAUGCGAAAUUACAAAGCCAUUCAAAAUUCCCUUUAUUUGCAGCUCGGCGGAAAGCCCGUCUGCCUGUCGCUGUAUUCCGACGUCACCUACCAAGUGGCCGAUCAGAAGCCCGCAAACUUCCGUCUCCUCGACUACUACGACCCGGAGGAGCAGCUCAAGAUGACGUAUUCGGCAAAGCAGACGCGUUCUCUGCAGGAAAAGUGCGGCGACGACUGCUGGCCGACGGCCUCGCCCUCCCUGCCGCCGUCGGAUUCGACGGCCGUCUCAGGCACGUUGCCGAGUGCCACGUGGCGUGUCAUUCUACUUGUUGCAGUGCUCUUUCUAGUCGCAUGAGCGUGUUUCUUUUGAAAACUACACACAUAACUUAUUCCGAUUAUAACUAACCAGGUUUUCUAUUAAUUGUUUCCUUCCGCUUCACUUCCCACUUCGAUACGGUUACUUGCUCCCUGCUGCUCUUUUCCAUUCACUUACCUUUCGCUUCUUUUCCAAUUCUCCCCGACAUUUCAGAUAUUUCUUGA